AUGGUCGGUCCACCCGUCAGCACCGGGGAUCGCCUUUGUCCCCAGCACCUCCCGCUGGUCUCGCCUCUGGACGAGGACAUAGUCCAGCAGGUGCCAUUGUCGCGACCUAGGAUGCCUCCAUGUGGCCUUCUCUCGCCUUGGAAUGCAGAAAAAGGUGCUGGUGAGGGUGAUCCGGUGAUCUGCGCAGGUUUGAAUGAGUAUGAAAUUGUCGUUGAGCCGUGGAGAUCAUGGGAACCCAGCACGCCUCCCCAGACAGCAUGGUCUGUGUGGACGCGGGCGCUGGGGUCACCAAGGCCAAUCAACUUAACCGUCUUCGGCACAGACGCCAGGAGGGCGUGCAGAUCCCUGUAAAUUUGUUUCUUGCAGUGUCAGGACUGGUCAUUGUGGGUAGGGCAUGGACGGAUGCUCAUAAGGCGGUCAUUUAUGCCCUGCGCAGACAGGACAGUCGUCGCAAGGUGUCGUCCCGGGUGGCAAAGGCGACACUCAGCCCUGGGGCGACCACUCCAGAAGAGGGUGUAGCCAGCACCCACCUCCUCCAGUUGGCCUCGUUCGGAGAAGCGAAUCUCGCUGAGUGUGGCGUCGUCCAGCUUGUGGCGCGCAAUUUCUCGAACCAUUAG